AUGGACGGAACUACUCAUGUCAACGGUGACAGCGAGGUUAAAGAGUCUGUUCAAAAGUUUGGCAUAGCUUUGACGAAGAUUGAAGCCCAAAAUCUCGCUUGCAUCCCGUCGAGAUCGCUAGAAUCAAGGGUUGCUAUCAUCACAGGCGCAGGCGCUUUGGGAUUCUCCAUCGGAAACGGCCGGGCUGCUGCAAUACUUCUUGCGGAAGCAGGCGCGAACGUCAUCUGUGUUGACAAGGAUGAGAAGUCUGCCACCAGAACCGUGCAGCUGAUUCAACACUUGAAAUUACGUGGAAGUGGCGUUGCCAGGACCGCAAACGUGACCAAUGAACACGAUUGCGAAGGAGUUGUUCAAUUUGCAAUGGAGAAAUUCGGCCGGCUGGAUAUACUGGUGAACAACGUAGGAAUUCAUGGCGUGAAGGGUACAUCAUUAUCAGUAGACAUGAAUCAGUGGGCUACGGGAAUGGAAGUCAAUGUGGCAAGUAUGAUUAUGAUGGCCAAAUUUGCGAUUCCGGCCAUGAUUCUCAACAACCAUGAGGAGGGGGGCCGAUCCAGGGGUAGUAUUGUCAACAUUGCGAGCGUGAAUGGCAUUCUUGGUGGCUCUCCAGAUAUUCUCUACCCAACGAGCAAGGGAGCGAUCGUGAAUAUGACUAGGGCGAUGGCUGCACAUCAUGGAGAGAGCGGCAUUCGUGUGAAUUGCGUCUGCCCAGGUGCAGUCUAUACUCCAAUGGUAGGAGGCGUUGAGGGCGGCAUGAGCCAAGACGUUCGGCAGAGCAGGAAGAAGAGAAGUCUUCUCGGUGUCGAAGGAACAGGUUGGGACGUCGGUGGUGCUAUCAGAUUUCUCGCCAGCGACGAAGCAGCCUGGAUAACUGGAGUGAUCUUACCAGUCGAUGCAGGAGCAACCGCAGCCGUGGGAGUCGGACACAAUAUGGGUCGCUGA